CCAGUUGGGAUUGGGAUCGGUUCUCUGAAAGUUUCUCAAAUGGAAAUCUUUUUUUACGGGCAAGAACCGACACGACUUGAGACGAAACCACAGGAAGAAGACAAACACCGCCGUCCCUCUGCGAGACAAACCAGUGAUUUGAAUAUUCAACACAACUAAGGAUGACAAAUUCGAGCAUUGAGCUUUCCAAGCGGACUCCGGUUGCCAGCGGCAGCGGCAGCGUCGUUGCCGAUUGGUUCGACGAAGAGAAAGCCGCUAUCCCACUCGAAGAGGCUGCUCGCGAGAACGCCGAGGAUAGCCACCAGGGGAGCGAAACUUAUGACAGAGUCGACCCCAGCGGUGGCGGUGGCGAUUUCGAUGGUGAUGACGGUGGUGMUUCAUGUUAUUCAUACAGCGAUCACAGCGAAGGAAUCGCACUGCUCCGAACGUCCCUCGAAACAGAACUAGUGGAUGCCGACGAUACUGGCACUUCCGUCUCGCAUCCUCUYGUUUGCUCGCAGAUAGCGUCGCACCUUUGCAAAGCCUGGACCACACACUGGCUGGGGCCCGACACAGAGUGGACGCUCAGGGGCCACCCGACGACCGUCCUUCUCGAUGCGGCCGGGACCAAGCUGGUAAAGUUCGGCUUCGUUACGGGGGGUUGUUUGGUGGCAGUUCAUACCUAUGCAAGGCUCGUCGGAGACAAGCACGAUCCGACCUACGGCCUCCACGAACUCWUGGUCUACGACGGAACGAGCAUCGCCACGGAUUGCAUCGUCUUUUUCGUCGUCGGAAGGAUGCACUCGGAAAGCGCCGCGGCGGUCGACACGCUGGAAUUCGUUGUUCCCGUCCUGGGGGCGGCCUUGUUGCAGUCGUGGGGGGCAACGCACCUCACCAACCUCCAGCACUCGAUCACGCCGAAGGAACUCAGGUGCGACUGGACCUGGCCGAUGUAUUUGCUGGUGGUCGGGGGCUGCCUGCCGCUCCUGGCCGGGCUCGUCUGGGCCCACGCACGUGAGGCCCACGCCAAGAAUUGCGGGCUCCGCAGGUUCGUCGAGUUUGCGGGGUGCAUCCUCGUCUUCUGGGUGCUUCCCUACGGGCUGCUAGCGGGAUCGACCAUUCGGUCCUUCUUCCACCUGCACCACUGGUACUACGCGUGGCUGUUUGGGAUGCACUGCAGCGCCUCCGACCGCUGGUGGUCCCGGCUGGCGAGGAACGUUUUCUGGGGGAUCUACGUGAACGGGGUAGCGAUCUUUGGGCGGGACCCCGUUCUAGGCUGCGCCCUGGCGCUGUACCGGGUGCAGAGCCAACCGGCCUGCAGCGCUCCCUUUGCGGCGGAAGGCCGCGGGUACGGGAACUACACGCUGGCGGAUCUGGGGAGCGACCUCGGGAUGGUGGCGGCCGCUGCUGCCGGGGGCGACGCGGGCAGCCCCCCCGACAUUUGUGAGUCGGAUGUGACGCGGUGGCGUUGGCGCUUCUGAUCGUGGUCGCUUUUCUCGGGAUGCUGCGCCGCGGGUGUUUUGUGACCCGGUGGGAUGGAACGGGGCGCGACGCGACGGGGUCCAAUGCCGUGCGAUUGGAUGCCACGAAAACGAAGGAAGAGGUCAGGGAGAAACCAAACCAAACCAAAAUCCAUCGCGAGUUCUAUAGCAGGACGCGCCACAGGGUGCUUUCGUUUUGUGGGAUACGAUCCAAACAAGAUGGCACUCGAGCAGGACAGGGAUCCUUUUGUUUGAGGAUGAGAAGCGUAGAUGGUCUUUCGAAUGCUUCCGUUGGUCUUACCGAACGGUUGGUUCUCGCUUGGAGUAUGAGAAACGCCACCAUCGUCAUCUCAUCUCACCAGAUUACCGUGUACGUGCCGGAUUUUAGUCAAUGGAUCCUAGUGUUUUUUACGCUGCAAUUCGUUGUUUUGCGGUCAAUAUUCUUCAUUUUCACUGGUGACGAUACCGAUGCUUCUAUCGGUAUGCCUCUGGUUUAGAGCAUCAUCACAACGACUAAACUACAAUGUCAAAC